GUAGCGCGAUCGUGGAAAUCGAGCCCGGCGGCCAAAAAAGGUGUUCAUGUGUUACGACGCACGACAAAAUGAAGCUCACGACGAAGUGUUUCGGAACCAUCAGCAAGAUGCUGGACUUUUACUCGCAGUUCAACCCCUCGCCGCUUUCGAUAAAACAGUUCAUCGAUUUCGGACUAAGUGCUUGCGAAAGGAAGUCUUUUAUAUUCUUAAGGAAGGAGCUGCCCGUCCGACUGGCCAAUAUAAUGAAGGAGAUCCACCUGCUACCAGACAACUUGUUGAGAAUGCCUAGUGUGGGUAUAGUUAAUAAUUUAUACGUCACUUCGUUCGAGGAUAUCGUGCACUUCGAGAAGGUUGAAGUCAACGAGAACACUUUAGACGAAUUCUGCCAAACGUUAAUUAAAGUCCGUAAUAGGCACAAGGAUAUCGUCGAGACGAUGGCACAGGGUGUCCUGGAACUGAAAGAAUCGCACGACGUCGACGUUCAGACGGAGAAUAACAUUCAGUAUUUCUUGGACAGGUUCCUCAUGUCUAGAAUCUCCAUUCGGAUGUUGAUCAAUCAACACACAUUGUUGUUUGGCAGCGAACUAAACGAGCACAGCAGACACGUAGGAUCCAUAGAUCCGUCGUGUGACGUUAUCAGCGUCGUGAAAGACGCUUACGAGAAAGCGAGGUUGUUGUGCGAUCAAUAUUAUCUGGCUAGCCCGGAACUGAUAGUCAAGCAACAUAACGAGCUUGAACGGUGUAGCCAUAUUAGGAUAGUUUACGUACCGAGCCAUUUGUUCCACAUGUUGUUCGAGCUGUUCAAGAACAGUAUGCGAGCAGUCAUGGAACAUCAUAGCUCUGACGAGGACUAUCCACCGAUAGAGGUGAUAGUGUCGCGUGGUAAAGAAGACAUUUGUGUAAAGAUGUCUGAUCGAGGUGGUGGCAUUCCACGUUCCCAAAUGGACCAUUUGUUUAAGUAUAUGUACAGUACAGCGCCUCGGCCAAGCAUAACCGACCCUCACAACGUUCCACUCGCUGGAUACGGUUACGGUCUUCCAGUAUCGCGACUAUAUGCCAGAUACUUCCACGGCGAUCUUGUCCUUCAAAGCUGCGAUGGUUAUGGUACAGACGCUAUCAUAUACCUCAAGGCUUUGUCCAAUGAAGCCAACGAGCUGCUACCGAUCUUCAAUAAGACUUCGUCGAAAUUUUAUCGGACUGCGGUGUCCACCACUGAUUGGAGUAGUCAGUGUGGCGGUGGAAUGGCGACAAGACAAUUACGUAUGAGCCAAGAACAGGGGCAUAAGCAUCCACGAAAGGAGGAAAAGGAGGAAAAAGAAGCUAGGUAUUGCUAGCGAAAUUUCAUCUCUGUAGAUCAAAGAAAGGGGAAGUGGCUCGAGAAAAAAAUCUCACACGACUUCUGCGUGGUAAAAUUGAAAGGAACAGGAGCCGAUCUGCGAUCGAAACCUCCGUAAUCGAAUUCGCAUUUUUUCACGAGAGGAUCGUAGACGACUGACCGUGAUGGUGGCUGAGAGCUGAAUCGUUGCUCGCAAGUAUGACACUACAUAUCACACGGUAAUCGAAAAUCCG